UUCUGCCUGCCUGGGACAGAGAGACACACCGCAGACACUGAUCCAAACUCCAAAAAAAUGGAAAAAGGAAGAAGUAGAAGAAUACAGAGACCAGAGCAGGUGUUGUACAGAUAGCAUGGAGUUACAUUUAAGAGGAUUUGUAUUUUUCUUGGACACCUAACUGCAAGUUUCUGCCAAAACUUUAAGAGAAACUGUCUGAAUCAACAUCGGAUUUUAUAUUUAGGCUACACACAUUCUAACUGAACAAACUUGUUGUGGAUUAUAACUGAAGACUCUUCUGUUUGGACAUUUUCAAUUCAACUCCAGCUCUAAGUGAAAGUGCCACCAGCUGAUUUUUAGUUCCAGAUUUGGUAUCUGUGUUUAUUUUUCGUCGUAAUUGUCAUCUUAGGAAAGUUUAAAUCUGUGUCUUUGGAGUUGAAGAUUUCAGUACAACUUUCUGACUUUUUCUUUCCUUGUUUCAUACUCUGUAUCUCUCUGUUUUAUCUAUUUGUUGCAUUAUGUAGAACAUGUCAAACAUGUUCUCAGAAGAAAGUCACAGUAGUCUUCAGUGCUGUUUUAAUGUUGGGAAUGACAUCAGAGUUUCAGUGAGAGCAGAGUGAGUGACUGAUCUGAUCUGAUGUGAAUGGACUACACACACUGCCAGGAGCUGAACACGGCAUCUCACCGCAUCGCAUAGAAGUGGAUCACAAAGAAUAUAACUGUGGUGUUCCUCUUUAAGUCAAUACUUCGCCAAAGUAACCAUGGCGUCCCGAGGGAAGCCCAGCCAGGGGCGUGGCCUAUCCUUUCUGUUUCCUUGCUGCUACAAAGACAGCGACCAACCAGAGAUCACCGUGUGUGAAAACAUGAACACUAUGGCUGCACUGGAGCCCACCCUGCCCAUGCCCCCCCUUCAAGAGCUGGACUCUAUGUUCACUGAGCUGGUGGAUGAACUGGACCUUACAGAUGAGCACAGAGCUACCAUGUUUUCUUUGCCAGCAGAGAAGAAAUGGCAGCUGUACUGUAGUAAGAAAAUGGAGGCAGAGGAGAAUAAAGGAGCAACCAGAUGGCCAGAGUAUUAUAUUGACCAGCUCAGGUCCAUGGCUGCUAGGAGGACUCUGCUGGCACUGGAGGAUGAGGGGGAGCAGGGGAGGCAUACUAUCGUAGACGGUCUAAAGACAGCGCUGCGGACACAGCCAAUGAGGUUUGUGACGCGAUUCAUCGACCUGGAUGGCCUGUCUUGCAUCCUGAAUUUCCUGAAGUCGAUGGACUACGAGACCAGCAACUCUCAGGUCCACACGUCUCUGAUCGGCUGCAUAAAAGCUCUGAUGAACAACUCUCAGGGCAGAGCUCACGUCCUGGGUCACUGCGAGAGCAUUAAUAUCAUCGCACAAAGUCUCACCACUGAAAGCAUCAAAACCAAGGUUGCGGUGUUAGAGAUCCUUGGUGCAGUAUGUUUGGUGCCAGGAGGCCACAAGAAAGUACUGGAAGCCAUGAUGCACUACCAGAAAUAUGCCUUGGAGAGAACGCGCUUUCAGACCCUGCUGACAGACUUGGACAGAUCCACAGGCCGCUACAGAGAUGAAGUCAGUCUGAAGACUACCAUUAUGUCCUUCAUCAAUGCUGUGCUCAGCCAGGGAGCAGGAGAGACCAGUCUGGAGUUCCGUAUCCAUUUGCGCUACGAGUUUCUGAUGUUGGGCAUUCAGCCGAUCAUUGACAAACUACACUCCAAUGACAACGCCACCCUGAACAGACAUCUGGACUACUUUGAGAUGUUGAGGAACGAAGACGAGCUUCAGAUGUCCAAACAGUUUGAUGUUGUCCAUAUAGAAACUAAAAGUGCCAGCCAGAUGUUUGAGCUGAUAAAGAGAAAUCUGAGCCACACUGAAGCUUACCCUCACCUCCUGUCUGCCCUGCAGCACUGUCUCAUUAUGACACGUAAGCAGCACCGCAACACCCUUCAGUACUGGGUGUUGUUGGAUCGGAUAAUUCAGCAGCUGGUUCUGCAGACGGACAAAGGUGAAAACCCUGAUGUCGCUCCGCUGGAGGACUUCAACGUAAAAAACAUUGUGCGCAUGCUCAGCCAGGAGAACGAGGUCAAACAAUGGAAAGAACAAGCUGAUAAAAUGAGGAAAGAGCAUCAGAACUUACAGCAGCGUCUGGAAAAGAAAGAGAGGGAGUGUGAGGCCAAGAAUGAGGAGAAAGAAGAGAUGGUGGCGAUGCUGAACAAGAUGAAAGACAAACUGGAGCGAGAGAGCAACGACCACAAGCAAGCCCGACUACAAGUGGAAGAACUGUCGGCUCGGCUGCAGCAGCUCAACUCGAUUUCUAGUGUUCCAGGAGGACCUCCUGUGACUUCGGGUAGUUUAUUUCCUCCUGGUCCUGGUCAAGACCCAUCUUCCUCCUCUUCUCUUCCUCCUCCACCACCACCUCCUCCUCCGCCUCCAGGAGGCCCACCAGGUUUUGGCGUGGCUCCUCUUGCUCCACCUCUUCCACUCGGGGUUUCACUAGGAAGUGCCCAGAAGAAGAAUAUUCCUCAGCCGUCUAACCCACUGAAGUCUUUCAACUGGAGCAAACUGCCCGAGAACAAGAUAAAUGGAACCAUUUGGAAAGAGAUCGACGAUGCCAAGGUGUUUAAAGUCCUGGAUCUGGACGAGCUCCAGAGGACCUUCUCAGCUUACCAGAAACCACAAAAGGAUGCAGGGGACGACCUCGCUUUAGCUAAGAAGGUCAAGGAGCUGUCAGUAAUCGAUGGUCGCCGAGCACAGAACUGUAACAUCCUGCUCUCACGGCUGAAGCUGACCAAUGAGGAGAUCCGCCAUGCCAUCCUGACCAUGGAUGAACAAGAAGACUUACCUAAAGACAUGCUGGAGCAGCUCCUGAAGUUUGUUCCUGAGAAGAGUGACAUUGAGCUGUUAGAAGAACACAAGCAUGAGCUGGAACGUAUGGCCAAAGCUGACCGCUUCCUCUAUGACAUGAGCAGCAUCAACCACUAUCAACAGAGGCUCCAGUCUCUCUACUUCAAGAAGAAGUUUGCUGAAAGAGUAGCUGAAGUCAAACCUAAAAUCAAAGCUCUGAGUCUUGCGUCCAGGGAGUUGCUACAGAGCGGGACGCUGCGUCAGCUCCUAGAGGUGGUUCUGGCCUUCGGGAACUACAUGAACAAAGGACAACGGGGAAACGCCUACGGAUUUCAAGUGUCCAGUCUCAACAAGAUAGCUGACACCAAGUCAAGCAUUGACAGAAACGUCACUCUGCUCCACUACAUGAUCACUGUACUGAAAAAGACGUUCCCUAAGGUUGCAGCUUUCAGCCAAGAUCUGCAAAGUGUGCCUGAAGCUGCUAAAGUCAAUAUGACAGAGUUGGAGAAGGACAUGGGCAAUCUGAGAUCUGGCCUAAAAAGUGUUGAGGCGGAGCUACAGUACCAGCAGGGUCAAUCCUCUCGGAGUCUUGCCGAUAAGUUUGUCCCUGUGGUCAGUCAGUUCAUCACUGUGGCCUCCUUCAGCUUCUCUGAUGUAGAGGAGUCUCUCAGUGAGGCCAAAGAAGUGUUUGAAAAGGCACUGAGACAUUUUGGAGAAGACCCGUCCAACCUGCAGCCGGAUACGUUCUUUGGGAUCUUUGACACUUUCCUCACAGCUUUCUCAGAGGCCGAGCAGGACAACGAGAACAUGGUCAGACGCAAGGAGGAAGAGGAGAGACGGGCACUCAUGGAGGCACAGCUGAAGAAAGACAGGGAACAGAAGGCAAGGAAAGGCAAAGCCAAUGAAGAGGAGGAGGGCGGUGAGUUCGAUGACUUGGUGUCCGCUCUGCGCUCUGGAGAGGUGUUUGAUAAGGAUCUGUCCAAAAUGGACCGUAGGAGACAGCGGAGAGGUAACUUGGUGGACAUCAGCCGGGAGAGAGCCGUAACCAAACUGAACCAGUAACAGGACACCAUUUAACCCUUUGAAUGUGUUGUGUUUGUUGGUAUAGUGAAAAGCAGACACUGGAGCUGUUAAAAUGUAAUUUAUGAACCGUCAUGAAUGUAUCUUAAUGUAUUGACAUGAAGCAGAACACUGUUCCUUUUUGUGCUUUUAUAAUUAUUGAAUAAUAAUAAUUGCCAAAACAGUCUCAGUCUGCUUUGGCCAGUUUUGAGGGUUUUUAUGUUCUUUUGGUUUUUUUUAAAAGGAGAAAGAGAAUAGUAACAAAAAAAGACAUAUAUGUUCUCAGAUAUAUGAUAACUUAUCGUGUUAUAGUAACCCUAUAUAAUGUCAAAUUUAUAACCUACCAAAUAGAAAAACUAUAAUUUAGUAACUGUCACAUUAAGUGACUUUAAACAAAAGUUUGUAAAUAUCUACACAAUUGUGUCCUGCAGAAAUUGCAUUUUAAUUGCACUAAAGUUGAUGUAUUCAUUUUUUAUAUUUCAAAUAAUUUUGAACCAAACACUUUAACAAACAUAGAUUCACUGUUCAAAAUCGAAACUAAAUUCAAUGGCGAUUCAACCUUGGUCCCUGACGUUGUUUCAACCGCGAAUAAAUGUUGAAAUGCCGUCUGGGAAUAUAUUUAUUGUUAUAGUUCUUGGUGUGGACGGUUCUUAACCAAGGAUCAGUAUUAUCAGUUGAUACGAGUAUAUACAAAAGUCCAGGUGUGUUAUUUAUAAGAAUUACAGUCCCCUAACGAGGCUUGUUCACCAGCAGCUGUAGCUUUUCCAUAGACUAGACAUCAAGCGUCUAACACUACCUAGCGUUUCAAUCAAAUAUGUAUAGAUGGCCAAAUAACCAAUGGGCGGCCACUGAGUUGGGUCAUUAAUCCACUAACCUGACUCCGCCAGAUGGAUUGCUUCGCAUUUGCUCGGCAUAUCCAUCUGGGAACUUUCCGUUGGAG